GCUGUGCAGCCAAAAAGAAUUUUCAAUUUCAAUUUCAAUUUUGUUUUACAGUCAACUAAAAGCUGAGCUAAUACUGAUUACAGUCCCGCCAUUUUCCAUUAAAAGAAAAUUAAAAUUAAAAACUAAAGCCGUCCUGUCAAUUUUUUUUCUCUAAUUAGUAAUUUUCAAGACGAAGAUGAUGAUGAUGAUGAUGAUAAGCUACAACGCUUUGUUUUCACUUAUUAACUCAUUCUCGAUUUUAUCGAUUUUUUACAGCUUUUAAUUUACUCUACAUUGUAGAAAUUUCCCGAUCAGCCGUCGUAGAUUAAAAUGGAGAUGGUGAUUUUAGACAAAGAGGAUGCGGUUGAUUGGGUUUAUAGAGGUGAAGGAGCUGCUAAUCUUGUUCUCGCUUACACUGGAUCAUCUCCCUCAUUUAUUGGGAAAGUGAUGAGAAUACAAAAGUCACAACGGAAGGGGAAAAGUAGAGUGAACGAAAAUGAAGUUCUAACAGCGCAUGAACGGCUUCUUUGGCGAGAAUAUAAGGAGCUAAUGGUGUGGCCAAACAGAGAGAUUGUACAGCAACUUUAUGUCAAGCAUGUAAUGAGCCCAUUGUUAGGACCACAACAUGUCGAUGCCGGGAUGCGUGUUCGUGUAACUAAGGAAUUCCUCUUGUCAGUUGAGAAGAAUGUGACUUGUCGUCGGCCUGCUUGUCGAAUUGAUUCAUCACAGGUUGAUGUGAAUCGUGAUUCUGUUCUGAUCAUAUCAGACCAUUCAGUCUUUAUGAAUGGUCCUGUUAAAGGUGGACCAUGUAUAACAGUUGAGAUAAAGCCCAAAUGUGGAUUUCUCCCAAUUUCAAGAUUCAUAGCUGAAGAAAAUGCUGUUAAAAGAACUCUAAGUCGAUUUAAAAUGCACCAAGAACUGAAGUUGCAUAAUCAAGAGAUAUCAGAAUAUAGUGAAUAUAAUCCACUGGAUUUGUUCUCUGGAUCCCUAGACAGGAUAUGUAAAGCUAUUGAAGCUCUAUAUGCCACCCCUCAGAAUAAUUUCCGUGUAUUUCUGAAUGGCUCUAUCGUAUUCGGGGGCUUGGGUGGUGGUGCAGGCAGUACUACUGUUCUGGUCGGUGAGGCCUUUGAAGAUUCACUCAAGGAUGUCAUUAAGGCAGAUGAUGGCAUGUGCAAAACUAGCUUUAUACAGCUUGUUGCUGAGACAGUUUACAGUUCGGGAGUAUUAGAUCAACUUCUUGAAGUUCAGAAGCUCGAUGCUUAUGACAUUGAAGGGGCAAUUCAUGCAUAUUAUAACAUAAUUUCUCAACCUUGUAUGGUUUGUAGAGAACUGAGUAAAGACAAAUUAUCAAACCGUCAUACUUCUUUGCACUCCAUUCCUUUGGAAGAAAGCUUGAAGAUUGUGAAGGAUUAUUUGAUAUCUGCUACUGUAAAGGACUGUAGUUUGAUGAUUAGUUUUAGACCAAUGGUUGAUGGAGAUGUGCUAUCUGAAUCUUCUCACAGUACUGUAUAUCUAGGAUCAACUAAGCAAGUUUUUGAGUACAAGGUGUAUUUCAUUGAUCUGGAUUUGAAACCUUUGAAGAAAAUGGAGGACUAUUACAAGUUAGAUAAGAAGAUUGUCAACUGUUAUUGUCAGAUGGCAAAAACUGAGCAUAAAAGGUGAUAAAGCUGCUAGAAGGGACACAUAUGAAGAAGUAUUGACAUAAAAGAUGUGCUUUAAAAGACAUUUUCUUUUCCUGAAGAUUUGUACUGGAGUGUGGGUUCAUUCCAUGACCAGCGGGAGCUUCACAAGAGAGAAAAAGAGAAAAUGAUAAGACUGCAAGGGUUUGGGCUAACAGGGAAAAUGAUGUAUCAACUAUCAACCACUUACUGCCAUUAUAUCAUGAGCCCGCGCAGCCAAUUAAUUCAUACAGCUGGAUAUUGAAAUUACUGUUUUUAGUGGAAGCUUUGAUGGUAUUUUAUGGUGGUGAAAAUUGAAGUUAUUAGCAGACUUUCUUAAAUGCACUCUUCCUUUGAAGCUUAUCAAAGCAGAAUUUUUUUUGUGAAAGUCUAAUUGUGAAUGUUCUUUUUCCUUCUUAAACCUGAUCAAUUAAUGUAAUGCUUGCAUGUGAAAUAAUUAGCAUAAUAAACUUCUUAUAGAAAACAGCUUGAGUUAUGAUUGGAACAGACACUAAAAGCAUGCCUAACAGGUGUCUGAUUUUUGGUUUACAUUAAUGUGCAUUUUCAUUUUUCAUCAUGUUUCUUUUCUGUAGAAGCUCUGCUGUCCUUUUGUUUUUGACUGAUAUCUUCUGUGCGUGGUUAGCAUGGUCCAUGGUCUCCUCGGCCAUAAGCCUGUAACUUAAAAUGCAUUUGAUUUGAAGAUAUGACCUCUUCAUGAAAAGCUUUACCAUGUUUUGGGAUAUGUGUGAAAUCAACAUGGUAGAUUGUUUAACUCUUGAUUUGAUGUUUAUGCUUACUGAAAUUAUUCACCUCUGGGUAGUCUGUAUUGGAAUUUUGUAGACCUUUUGUCCAGACAGAAAUGGAGAUGCCAGGUCUAGAAAGCUUGGACGGUUGAGCGAGGUCCAUUGUCGUCCUAGAGUUCUAUGUCUGCAAUUUCACACAUAUUUCUGGCUUGCCAGGUAUUUCUUCAAUGCUUCAAUGUUAUUUUUAUUUGUUAUAGUUCGGUUGAUUCCACACUUAUGAGAAAGAUAUUUCAAUUCUUGGGAGAUCAUUUCUUAGCUUUAUCUGCUCUUAUUGAUUCGAGUAAAUUCGUAUACUACCUAACUUGGCAUUGUGGGUAACAACCACAUGUUUUUUAUUUCUGCUAAUGUUUGAGUAGGAUAAACUGGGUAAAAGUAUCAUGGAGGCUCUUGUACCAGGAGUCAGAUUGUAUUUUGCCUCCUUUACUCAAAAAAUGAGCAAAUUAGUCAUUGUACAUUAGAUCAAAGAGUAAACCGGUCCUUUUUGUUAAAAAUUUCAUCCAUUUCUACUGCUAAAAAUUGGCAUGGUUGAUAAAAUAAUGAAACAGUUAUUUUGAUGUACAGGAUCUUAUUUUUAACAAUAAAAAUGGAUGGAUUUUUUAACAGAAGGACCAUUGUGCUCUGUAAUCUAAUGUAUAGGGACUAAUUUGCCCAUUUUUCAAGUAAAGGUGGCAAAAUGCAAUUUGACUCCUAGUACAAGGGCCUCCAUGAUGCAUUUUCUGGAUAAAUUACUCCUAAUUCAGGGACCUAGAUUCAUUAGCUUAGAAACAUAAAACUUUUGCAUUAGUUGCCAAAUGUCCAUCUCUACCAAAGCCUAUUAUACUCGAGAAUCAGCUUUGUUUUGCGAUUGUUGUGAAGUCUUGCUUGUAUGUAAAUGUAUAUUUUAAAGUUGAAGGUUGAGUGAAAAGGACCUAAAUGAAUGGUUUAAGUCUUAAGUUUUGUCCAUUCAACUCCGAACCACCACCGAGUUUAUAUACUAACUCAUUCUAACAUAGUCUCCUUAAGAGGAGGAAUAAACGUGGAUAACCAUAGAGAACCUUGUUAAGUUGUACUUAACAGCCCGAGUAAUGCCAAUGAGGCCUUGGCUUGUUGGUUAAGGCGGAGACGAGUCCUUGAGUACCUAGGUUCAAGUCCCAUCAAGCACAAUUGUGAUGUGUGGGUCUUCGUCCCACCAUGUGCAUAUGCCAUGAGUGAGUUUGUCUACGAGUUUGAUUCUACAUUAAUAGUUCGUCGGACAUUAUAUCUAUACAACUUGUAUUGUACUUGUAAAUGUGAAAAAAACGGAGACCCUGACUCCUUGAGUACCUAGGUUUGAGUUCCAUCAUGCACAAUUGCGAUGUGUGGAUCUUCGUCCCACCAUAUGUGUAUGCCAUGUGAGGGUUUAGUCCAGUUUUUUGUCUGUUAUACUUUGUAUUGAUUUGAUUCUAUAUUAUAGUUGGUCGGAUAUAUAUUUAUACAACUUGUAUUGUACUUGUGAAAUCUAAUGUAUUUGUAACAGUGAGAAAACAAAAAAACUUGAGUAAUAGAGCUACUACAUCCAAACUUCAGACAGCAUGCAUGAUUCGUAAGGACGAGCAGAAUCAAUCAUGGACCGGCAAGAUGUUACGAUUUUGAACUCGGAAAAGACAUGCUAGAGAUGUUUUGGUAUGUUAUGGAGGAUGAUGAUCUUUAUAAAUCUCACAUAUUCCAGAUGUAUUACUUCUUGUACGUUUAAAAGAAGCUCCAUUUCUUUUUAGUAGCUGAUAAGCAUAUAUGGCUUGUUCUUAGUAUUAUCUUAAACUGCCAAUGUUUUUGACAAAUUUGAGUACGUUUUAAGGUUACUUCUUUUAUGGAAGGAAAAUGAAUGUCAGUUGAUAUGAAUGAUCUUUCUUUGGAAUAACAAA